AUGCAUAUGUCACAACAACUUAAAUAUCAAAUAGAUAAUUUUCCAAUUACCAGCUAUUCAUGGGAAUUAGUUGGUAUUUAUUUCGAAAAGAAAGCUGAGCUCGAAGUUGAAGAAGAUCGAAUGAGUUUCUUUUAUUACUUUAUCCAUGAAUUCGUACGAGAAAUGAAGGAAUUCGAAGAUACAACAGCAUCGCUCGAGGAAGUUAUCCAAAGCUUUCCAGUCUCAAGUUUAUCAUUGGAUUUAGUAACAGUUUACAACCAAAAGAAACUGCAGAUUAAAGAUGAGUCAGAUCGAAAUCUGUUCCUUUUGUACUUUUCCAAAGAAAGAUCAAGAAUAAGAAGAGAACAAAAGCAACAACAGCAACAGCAACAGCAACAGCAACAGCAACAGCAACAGCAACAGCAACAGCAACAGCAACAACAACAGCAACAGCAACAUCAGCAACAACAGCAACAGCAACAUCAGCAACAACAGCAACAGCAACAACAGCAACAGCAACAAAAAACAGUUAGUCAAAAAGAAAGCAACAAAAACACAUAUCAAUUUAAACAACCCACAAUUAAUAAUAAAAAAGAUAAUAAAAACAACAACAACAACAACAAUCAGAACGAAAAUGACAAUUUUAAUUCGAGAAACAAAAACAAUAAUAACCCUAAAUCAACAGGAAAUCAAUCAACUUAUCAAUUUAGAAUUCCAACAAAUCAAAUUAAAAUAGAAUACAAUAAUAAUAACAACAUUAUUAACAAUAUCAAAAACAAAACAAAACCAAAUAAUAAUACUUAUCAAUUUAGAAUACCAAGCAAUCAAAAUAGAUCAAUCUUAAAAGAGUCUGGUUCUUUGGUCAUGGUCUUGGCUAUAUGGUGGUGGUACUGGUCGUUUAGAUCAAUUUUAAAAGAGUCUGGUUUCUUUGGUCAUGGUCUUGGCUAUAUGGUGGUGGUACUGGUCGUUGCAUGGGCGGCAGGGUGGGCACGGCCGAAGGAUCUUUGA